CUCUCCAACCACAUCCAAGAGUGUUAAAUUUUAUUCGUAACACGGCUCGUAGAGCCACUUCCAUAAUCACCUGAUUAAUCCAUCCAAUAACAAUGUCAACUAAAAACGAAAAGAUUGGAAUCAUCGGCAGCGGCUUAAUUGGGCGCAGUUGGGCGAUGCUCUUCGCCAGCGUGGGAUACCAAGUGACCAUUUAUGAUAUCGUCCAGGAUCAAAUUAAGAAAGCCUUAGAGGAUAUUCAGCAGCAAUUGAAACGGCUUGAAGCUGAUGGUCUUCUCCGCGGUGUAUUAAAGGCGGAUCAGCAAUUUAAACUAAUAAAAGGAUCGUCCGAUUUGGCGGAAACCGUGAAGGGAGCAAAACUGGUCCAGGAAUGUGUGCCGGAAAAUCUUUCGUUGAAGACGAAGCUCUACAACGAUCUCGACAAGAUUGUCGACAACAAGGUGAUCUUGUCCUCCUCGACGUCCACAUUCCGGCCGUCUAUUUUCAGCGAGAAGCUGAAACAUCGCGAGCAAAUUAUAGUCUCCCAUCCUGUGAAUCCUCCUUACUAUGUGCCGCUCGUGGAGAUAGUGCCAGCUCCAUGGACACGUUCUGACAUUCCCGAGAAGACAAAGGCUAUCAUGACCGAAAUCGGCCAGAAACCUGUUGUCUUCAGCAGGGAGAUCGACGGUUUCGCGCUCAACAGAAUACAGUAUGCGAUCUUAAACGAGGCCUGGAGAUUGGUAGCUGACGGAGUGCUAAGCGCUAAAGAUGUUGAUGCGGUGAUGAGCGAAGGUCUUGGAAUGCGCUACGCCUUCCUCGGUGCCUUUGAGGCUGCGCACUUGAAUGCUGAAGGCAUGAAGAAGUACUGCGAAACGUAUAACAAGUCAAUCUACGACGUGAGCAUGACUUUCGGGCCAGUGCCGAAAUUCGUGGGCGAGAUGGAAGAGAAGAUCAGUAACGAGUUGAACGAGAUGUGUCCGCUUGACAAACUACAGGAACGUAGAGCGUGGCGCGACACUGCUCUAACGAAGUUGUCCAUACUCAAGAAAGAAUUGAAUCAGCCCAAACAAUGAAAAGAUAUUUGUACAUAUUGCUGUCAAAAACCUUUCGCGAAACACACCUAUACGUAACAUAAAAUAAUACGAACAAUACAAUAAAAUUCAUUAUAAAAAAAUUGUUAUAUUGACUGCCUAAAAUAAAACAGAGUUGUACACUGGUUAAAAUCGAUAAACUGUUUUAAAACUU